AUGCGGACUUCAACCCUCAACACAGCCUUGUGGCUGGCAUUUGCUAGUUCUUUCGGCACAGCAACACCCCAUUAUGGCGCUCAUCACAAAACCCAACUCAAGCACUGGCCUGCCGAUGCUGCCAAAGCGCUGAAUACUAUGAUUGCGCGCAAUGCGAAUCAGAGCAACUAUGCGGUGUUCGACAUGGACAACACGAGCUGGCGCUACGACAUCGAGGAGUCGCUUCUUCCCUUUCUCGAGAACCGCGGUAUCCUCAAGCGCGAAAACUUGGACCCUAGCCUAAAGCUGGUUGAUUUCAAGGAUACGGCGAAUUUCACAGAAUCGCUUUUCAGCUACUACAACCGUCUGUGCGACAUUGACACAUUUCUCUGCUAUCCGUGGGCGGCGCAAGUGUGGUCUGGCUUCACACUUCGCGAGUUAAAGGGCUACGUCGAUGAGCUAAUGGCGUACAACUCGACCAUCCCUACGAAAUACUGGGACGGCGAUGAAGUAGUUUCCAGCAGCGUCCAUACACCCCAAGUUUUUCGGGGCCAGGCGGAACUAUACAAUGCGCUCAUGGAAAAUGGCAUUUCCGUCUACAUCAUGAGUGCCUCGCAUGAGGAACUCGUACGGAUGGUGGCCAGCGAUCCAAAGUACGGAUACAACGUUCCACCCGAGAAUGUCAUUGGCGUUACCACGGUCCUCAAGAACACUACAUCAGGCGCGGUCACAAACGCACGGGAGCAGAUUACCGCAGGCACAUACAACGAAACCGCCAACCUUGACCUGGUUGUGACUCCUUACCUCUGGACCCCAGCCACCUGGUUCGCGGGUAAAUGGGCUGGUAUCCUGACCUACAUCGAUCAAUGGAAGCGCCCGAUCUUGGUCGGUGGCGAUACGCCCGGAAGCGAUACAUACAUGCAGUUUCACGGCGUAGAUGUCUCGAAGGGUGGCAUUCAUCUGUGGAUCAAUCGCAAGGAUUCGUACUUUAAGCAGCUGCAAGAAGAGAUCAAGAACACUACUCUUGCGCAGAUUGCGAACGGACGGGAGGUCACCGCAGACAAGAACUGGGUCGUGGUUAAGCCAGAGGAAAUUCUGUAA